AUGCACCGACUAACUUCCGGUUGGGUUAACGAGUUUGACCAGGAGUUUACAUUCAAGUGCCCGGAUCACCAGUCUAUCACACAGGUGAAGAGUUAUCAUAGCAAUUAUCAAGAGGACCGGAGGUUUGAUUUCAUGUGCACAUCCUAUACCAAUUCCUCAGAAAAUUGCGAAUGGUCAGAAUAUGUCAACGAGUUUGACAAACUCCUGGUUUACCAAUGUCCUAACGGCGGAGUCAUUGACGGAGUGUCUAGUUACCAUAUUAACCUGUUCGAAGACAGACGUUUCAGAUUUUACUGCUGCCAGAAACCCGGUAUGUGUGUUUACAACUGUAAGUAUACGGGCUGGACCAACAGGUACGAUCGUCCAGCGACCUACUCCGUCCCCACUGGUUAUGUCAUGAGAGGCUGGAUCAGCAUACACGACAACUACACCGAAGAUAGGCUAUUCGAGUACGAUAUUUGUGAAAUUUCUGAAACCUGUGAUGGAUUCCCUACAACUUCAUCUACUUCGUCAUCUUCCACAAUUACUACUACAACACGUCAUUCAGAACCCGUGCAUGCGACGUCUUUCUCGUCGUAUAACCCGACACUUCCUUUCUCUCUAAAUACAGAGGAAACAACAACAAAACACGCCGUCAUAUUUCUUCUGAUCUUGUCGUUACGAAGCUGUUUCUCAGACUGGACUUGGGUAAAUGAUUACGACCAACGUUUCCGAUUUGAGUGCCCUAGAGAUUAUGUGAAUGAAAUGGACAUGCCCUUAAUAUUUCAAUGCCAUGACGGGGGAGUUAUAAGCGGGAUAGAAAGUUUUCAUGACAACCACUACGAGGACAGAAAGUACAAAUUCAAAUGUUGUCACUAUAGAUUGACAGGGUAUUUGAUUUUGAAAUAUGUUCCAUUAACUUUGAUUGUGAACACACCACUCAAACUACCACUACAUCUACCACCACCACCACCACCACCACCACCAGGGCGACCACCGCCGCUAGAACCACAUAUGAUGUGUACCUUCUCUCCAUGGUGCACGGAGAUCGUCCGAACUCUGUUUCCAUCCUAG